AUGAAAUUGAUCACUGGAUUGUUAGUUUUUGCUUUUGCACUUGGUGCCAAUUCCCAACAAGAAACAGUAAUGACUGUUCAGGACGAAUUAGCACUUUCUCACAGAUUCUUUGAAACUCUUAUGGGUCUCAAUCGUGGAACAAUGUCUUCAUAUAUCUACCGUCUUUCACGUGCAGCUUUAGAUUCUCACAUGGAUACAUAUGAAUUUAUCGCUGUUAAUGGCGCAGAAGCCAGAGACCACAUCAAUAGCUUACAACCACAAAAUCCAGCACAAGAAGCUUGCAUUGAUCAAUGGAGAAAUCGUUUUGAACUUCAAAAACAACGAUUCGGUCAACGAUUGGCUCGUUGUGUUUCACAAGUCAACAAUGUUUUGAAUACAUGGAACAGUUUUAUCAAUGGUGUUCAUCAUGAGGCUCAGUUAAAAACAGCUCAAAUCCAAAACAUCGGUUUCAACUUGUUCGCACGGACAACAGUUUAUGAUGGCCCAGAAGACUUUGCAGCCUUAAUGAAAACAGAUCUUAGAGAUGUCAUUUUCCGUGCAUUGGGAUUGAUUGAUACAGUUGAAGAAUUCAUCAAUAACAUAUCCGACAACGUUGGUGAUAUUGAAUUUGAUUUUGUAAAAUGCGAUAAGGAACUUGAAGAUGCCGUUAUUAGAGAAAUUCAAUUUGAAAUAAGUGGCGCUGAAGCAUGUGUUGGUGGAGGAAGCCCAGUUGAUCCAGAUCCUUCAAAAUAAAUAAUUAAAUCAUUUCCGUCAAAAUGUUAUCGCAAAUUGGUCUAUUGAUAAAAGACAAUAAAAGUUUUUAAUACUAUCAAGACGUUUUAAUAACUUAAA